AUUACCUUUUUCCUACUUUAAACCAUCCUUUUUUUCAUUCCCUCAAUUGAGCAAAAAGUUUCUUGGGAUUCUUGGAAAACAUGGAGACACAAAAGAGCAAUAUUGUUGCCAAACAGGGAAUGACAACAAGCUUGUUUCUAAGGUUUAUGGCUUUUGUGCUAACUCUUGCAGCUGCCAUACUUAUGGGAGUGAAUAAUCAGACCAAAGUUGUCUCACUCCAAACCAUCUCGACAAGCUUGCCUGCUCUCAAUAUCCCUGUUCAAGCUAAGUGGCACUAUUUGUCUGCUCUUGUGUACUCUUUUGUGACGGAUGUCAUAGCAAGCUCAUAUGCAGCAAUAUCCUUCCUCCUUUUGAUUGCAAACAGAGAUAGGAGGAAAGGAUUGGGACUACUAUUGACCAUUUUUGAUCUAGCAAUGGUUGCACUGCUAUUAUCCAGCUGUGGAGCCGCCGGAGCCGUCGGCCUUUUGGCCUACACCGGGAACUCCCAUGUGAAAUGGAACAAAGUCUGCAAUAUUAUCGAUAGAUUCUGUAGGCAAGGUGCUGUUUCAGUUGCAUUCUCCCUGCUUGGUUCCCUGGCAUUCCUCUUCCAUAUUGUGGUUGCUGUUUUGAGCCUUUACAACGGAUCCGAUUCUGAGUAGAAUCUAUUUAGUUAGAUUUUUAGAUUUUCCUUGCGUAAUGUUUGAAACAAAUAAGCAUGAUAUGUAAACAUACAUUUAACAAACAGUAUCUGGAAGU